AUUUUUUAUUUCCCAACCGCCUUCAAUUUUCAAGGUCCAUAUAUAAAUUCUUAUAAUGAUAAUAGAGGAAAGGUAAUGGGGUGUUUCUUAUUCAGUCUCAUUUUGGAUUUGAUUAAACAGACAGAGAUGGCUGCAACAUUGGGGUUUCCAUUUACAGCUGCUCAGUGGAUGGAACUCGAAAGACAGGCAAUGAUCUACAAGUACAUGGUCGCCUCUGUUCCUAUUCCUUACGAACUUCUUCUACCCAUCAUCCAAAAUCUCCCUUCAUUGGCAAGCCAGUUGAAGUAUUCAACGAAACAAGAUCUGGAGCCCGGGAGGUGUAAAAGAACGGACGGCAAAAAAUGGAGGUGUUCAAGAGAUGUGGCGCCUAAUCAGAAAUACUGUGAGCGUCAUAUGCACAGAGGACGUCCCCGUUCAAGAAAGCAUGUGGAACUUUUUAAAAACCCAACAACAAACAACAGCAGGAUUCGUCUUCCAAACCCAACUUCUCAGUUAUCAACUCACUCCAAUCAUUGUAGAGUUCUCGGAUCUACAAUUUUGCCUUCUGCCACUGAAGCCCCUUUGUUUCUUGAUAGUAAUAUGCAUUCCAAAACUGUUAAUAACAGGGGUUUGGAUUGGAGCUUGGAUGUUGAAUAUGAGCAACAAUGGCGACAGAUUAUGCAGACAAGUUGCUCUAUCUUCAAUAGUGAUUUUGGGAAUUUUACAGAUUUCGGGACCCCAAGAAGAGAUUUUAUCACCGACAAAACCAGUGUUGUUAAAGAUUCGUCUACUCUGGAUCUGUCAAUGGCUAUGGGUUUGGGUUUGGGUUUGGGAAAGCAUGAAAGGGACUUGGGGUUGGUAAGCCCUGUUUCUUGUGGCACAGCACCCGGCGGCCCACUGGCGGAGGUCUUAAUACCAGGACCAAGUUCGGUUGCGGUGGGUUCAAACCCUACCUCUCCAUACCCCACCGGAUCCGACUCGAUUAGCGUUAGCCCAGCAGCAACAACAGUGUCGUCACCAUGUGGGGUUUUACAGAGCCAGAGGACAAUGCUAUCACUCUCCGAUGGCAGUGUUUGCAAUAGUCCAACUCUUGCAUCUACACCUACAGACAUUGUCGCAUUUCAGUGGUUCACUUGAGAAAUCCAGUAUUUUGUUAAGUUUAUGUUCAUUGUUUCUGAUUUCUAGGUGCGUUCUUUUUGUUCUUGCAGAAAUAUGUUGGUAAUAAUAAUAAUAAUAAUAAUAAUAAUAAUGGACAGAUGAAUUGAUGAA